GCAUCCCCGGCGCCGGCCCAUCACCAUUGCUGCUUUCGUUCGUUACAUGAUCAGAGUCAGACUGGAUGGGCCGGGGCCGGCCUAUAACAACAACAACAACAACGUGCUUCUGGCCCACCACGUAGCACAGACACAUCUCCGCUCCGGCGAGUGCGUCGUCGUCGUCCAUGGCUGCGGUGGUGCGGGGCGUGCUGAGGGGCGUCAGGGAGAAAGGCCUCCGCAACUUCCUCCGCGACGCCAGCGACCAAGGCUACUUCAAAUGCCUUCUGGAUGGGAACCUGUUGCAAACAAAAAUUCACAAUAUCGGCGCAGCACUUGUAGGGGUUGACAAGUUUGGAAACAAGUACUAUGAGAAACUGCAUGACACUCAAUAUGGAAGGCAUCGGUGGGUAGAAUAUGCAGAAAAAGGUCGCUACAAUGCAUCCCAAGUGCCUGCUGAAUGGCAUGGAUGGCUGCACCACAUCACAGAUAACACUGGGGAUAAGCUGCUGAAUCAGAAGACUGCUAGGUACCUUGUGGAACACAAGCAGAAUUUCUCUGGUGAGGGCGAGGAGCUGAUCUACCACUCCAAGGGGCAUGCUCUAAACCCAGGGCAAAGGGACUGGACUCGGUACCAGCCUUGGGAACCAAAGAAAGAGCAAGCCUCCUCCUGAGUACAUUGUACAUGUACAUGGGGGGGGGGGGCAGGAGCUAGCUAAAUGCUGUAUCCAAUCGGAUCGGAUCGGAUCCUGUUUAUGUUUUGUUGCUUGCUUGCUUGCGCUGGGUCAGGACCUUGGGUUCUUGGACUGAGCCUGCCUGAAUAAUGUACUAUUUGACAGCAAUGCUGUAUAAUUCGAUCAUCUCUGUUUAAUUUUGAAAGAUUGUUUGUUACU